AUGGCGUCUACAAAUCAGUCCGAUUUCGCCUCCGAUCCUCGAAUGAAGCUGAAUGAGCAAACAGGCAAAUGGUCUUUUGUGGGUGACGAUGAAAUAUCUUACGAAUACGACGAAAAUGUUGGCGCGUGGUUUCCAAUGUACGACGAAAAACUUAUGGAGGCGCAGGCUUCAGUCUAUGCUGUACCUGGUGUGGAAGAGAACGUGGUGAUUAAACCCAAAGAAAAAAAGAAACGAGCAGCGACUUAUGACCUUUCAGCCAACGACCCUGAGGAAGCUUCCAAAAAACCCAAACGAGAGCCCGUGAAAAAACCCGUCACCUCCGUUUAUGUUACUGGCAUCCCACCGGAUGUGACCAUGGAGGAAAUGAAGACGACUUUUAGCAAAUGUGGAGUGAUUAUGGAGGAUUUGGAAACGGGUGAACCUAAAAUUAAAAUAUACCGCGAUGAUAAUGGCCUAUCGAAAGGCGAUGCACUUGUAUCGUAUUUCAAGGAAGAGUCUGUACCUUUAGCCAUUGAUUUAUUAGACGAUUCAGAGUUGAGACCAGGUCACUCUUCCACCAAAAUGAAUGUUCAAAAGGCCGUAUUUAAAGAGAAGGAGCCAGUGGAAAAAAAAAAGACGACACCAGGAAAAGUGAAGGCUAAAAAGAAGUUGCAGCAAUUACAGAGAAAAUUUGACUGGGUAGAUGAAGAAGGGGGGAAAAAACAAGAGAAGUUUGCAAAAAUCGUGAUUUUGAAAAACAUGUAUACACAAGAAGAGUUAGACGCGGAUCCUACUUUAUUAUUAGAAUUGAAGGAUGACGUGCGUGAAGAGUGUGAACGAUUAGGCGAAGUUACAAAUGUCAUUCUUUACGAUGUAAAGCAUUUUUUUUUCCUGCUUGCAUAA